GAAAGAGUUAAUCAGACAAGUGGAUGCGUGUUGCUCUUCCCUGUUUGCCAGUCUCGUUCCAGAGGUGUGACAGCGCUUUACUGUGGAUAACUGGGAUGAAUGCUAAAAUGUGAGAGAAGAUGUUAUAAUAUCAUUGUGCUGGCGUGAUGCAAGGACCCUGUAUGUGUUUUGCAUGAACGGGAGGAUGUGAUCUGCAAGAUGUGACUGAGGAGAGCCGCAGAUGAAUAUUAAUUGGCAUCGCAGGGGCUCUGCAGUAAUUUGAGUAGUCGCACAGUGGCUCCCUCCACAGGCUACUGGAUACUGCCAUAUCGUGGCCCUCGACACCGAAUGACAUGCCUCACGUGACUCAAACUAUAAGGAGCUGAGGGUUAAUUGGGAGCUAAAUUCACAAGACUUCCUGAAAUACAUUCUAUGGAGGUCAAAGGUCACCUGAUCACUACCAUGGGCUUAGGGGCUCCAGAUGUCCAGGGCUGUCAGGACAGCAAGCUGCAAGCAGAGCGAAUCUCAGAGCUGCAGGAGCGAAAACAGAGUCUGCAGAGCCUUUUGAUCAGUCGUCUCGGAGAGCUGCGGCAAGUGUGUCUUCUGGAGGCGGAGCUCACAGGGAAGCUUCCACGGGAUUUUCCUUUAGAAGAAGGGGAAAGACCUCCCUUUGUUCAGCGCCGAGCUGGCCUGGCCCCUCAUGUUACCUCAAAAGGAGAGGAUGACCCAGGUCAGCGAAGGCAGAUGAAGGCUCUCUUCAGUGGUGCCCUGCGCCGGAGCAUCGAUUAUGAUAAAAAUGCAUUGCACAGUAAGAGGACUGUUCAUCGGGGAUGUCACACGGAGGAAACUGUGAAGUCAGAGAGCAGUUCAAUGUCAGACUCAACAUCACAUGACAAUGAGGAUUCGUCUCCCAGUGUGGCACCUGAGCAUCGCUCCUUGUCUCACCCCCGGCUGGCCCCAGGCAGUCCCGACAGUAGGCUCUGUAGGAAGCUGUCACCUGUGGAGAUUUACUACGAGAUGAGGACUCGCCGCAACUCAGCCUCAAGCUCUGUGAGCCCGAGUCACUCUAUCCCAAGAAGUGCAUCCAAUGUGGAGGGCAGAAGUGUUCCAGCCACACCACUGUUGUCCCGCACUGCACCAAUCAGUGUCCAUGUGAGGCCAGAGAUGCCUGGUGGUAUUGCACUAAAGCAGUGGUGUGGAAGUCCAGAUCUUCCUCAGUUUGUCCCACUGGCAUCUUUGGAGGGCUCCUCAUCUGAGCGCCGCAGCUGCCCCUACAGCUCCCGCGCUCGCCGUAGCAACAGCUCUGAGGCGCUACUUGACCGCUCGAGUCUCCCUGAGCCCGGUCCUCCCCGCAAUGGUAUGCCACCCCGAGCUGGACCAUACAAGAGCUCUGAGUCCCUCACGGAUGGGAAGCUCCGUCAGAUAUAUCAAGGCAGCCCAGAGAGACAGAUGAUGGGGUUUAAAGACCAGGGUCGAAUGCGCUCCUCUCUUGGUGGCCAAAGCAGUGGCACUGGUUACAAUGAGAUUUUGAUAGACUACAUUUGGGGCAAACAGCAAAAGAAGCCGCUCCAGGCUCCGCAGAAUCAGUCAACAGGACGAAUCUGGCCAGACUUCUCCACUCCUCCAUCAGGCACCCCUCCACACUAUAACGGUUUCUCACAUUCGCAGUUACAUCUGGCUGCCGCCCCACCUUCCUAUAGCCCCAUGCUGCUGCGGGGUCAAGAGGCCGAACCCCGUCGGGUCAAAGUGACACGAACAAAAUCCUGCGGACCCUUCAUCCCACAGGAUGCUGUGUUGUUCUCGGCGUAUGAUCUGUCACAUCCCUCCUCUGGAUCCACAACCUCUUCUAUUCCCAACCUGCUCCCUCACCAUGCAGAGCUGUCCACUGCUGCAGCGUUCGGCCGCAGGCCACCUCAGUUCUCUCUGCCCACUCCUGAGGACUCCACCCGCAGUCUGCACAAGGCACUGGCACUGGAAGGACUCCGGGACUGGUAUCUGAGGAAUGCCUUAGGCUAUUCCACUAUGGCCAAAGGUCACGAUGGACUUUCCAUGCGCCACUCACACACUCAUCACCACCUAGUGCACCAGCCUCAGUCCGUUCCAGCCGACCCACUGUACUCAGUGCACCGUCAGAUACCUCAGUCAGCUUCAUUUCAUGGGCAUCCCUUGCAUGCCAGGUCCGUGGAGCUCUCUCUCUACCCAGAGCCUUUCCCCUCAGAGGGGAACACUCAGAAAGAAUCUGGCUCUGAGCCCCCUUCACCUGGAACACUGGUCUGACUGGCAGCCGACACACCCUAGGGCCUCCAAUGCAACUUGUUGCAAUAUCCAAUGCAAAAUGUCACCUUGUUAUAGGCAUGCACCGGUCUGAUACUGUGCGCAAAUACUAGUACUCCUCUAGUACUAGUUUGUAGCAUAAAUGCUGCAACACAAAGAAAAAAUGACAGCAGAACAAAAUAGCAUUUGGUUGGAGAUAUUGAACAUUAAAAAUAUAUAAUUAUAUAUAAUAUAAUUUUAACAAAGUACAGGGAAGAAGGAGGCGGGAACCGGCAAACAUUCAAUGUAAAGUUUUAAUCAUAAAAUAAACAAAUAAUAAAACAAAAGUAAAGCAUUAAUAAAACACCAACAUAAAGUCCAGGCCUGGUCCUCUCUCUUCUAGAACUGUCGUCACUCCUCCUUCAUCCUUCCGGAGCUCCUCCGUGGGACUGGAGACUUGUGUGGCGCACAGGUGAUGCUCAUUGGCACUCGUGCCACUGGCCUCGCUCCAUUCCCACGGCUAUCGGCCCUGCCCUGCUUGCCACAAUAUUAUAUAAAUUACGACAUUAUUUAAAAGUACAAGUAUUGUACUGCAUCUAACAGAGAUAUUGGUUCAUCCCUACAUUGUUCAGCAAAUAAGGAGGCAUCUUUAAACAACAGAGAACUGAAAUAGUAGAUCAGUGUGUUGGCUGUCAUAGAUCUAGCGCUGCGCUUGAUUGUAAACUGGUGUUUACAAGGUACAUUUUGUUUUGUUUUUCUCCAUACUCUGUGUGUGUAUUAAUGGGAUGUUAUUGUAAUGUAUCUACAUUUUGAAAACAAAUUAUAAAGUUAAUCAUCUCCACUUCAUCCUGAGAUAUAUUUAUAUAUUUUCAGAGAAUAAAAUAGAUUAUAAGAUGUAUGUAUUCUAAAUUACUAUUUUGUAACUAAUAUGUUUCAGGUUAACAGUCAUUUAAUUAUAUACAAGACUACUCUGAGUUUAAUGAACUCAUGCAUUUUAAUGUACUAUAACAGCAGUGAAUGUGUUGCAUACCUGUUUGUUUAUAUCUAUAUAUCUAAAUAUCUAUAUGUAGCUUUGAAGAGUAUGAUAAAAGCAUUUCAUAUAAAGGACCUUGAAGUGAGGAUGAGCUUUUUCUCUUGGAGGGCUUAUAUUCUCUGAAGUUCUAGACAUGCAAACAAGCUUAUGCCUGGUCUCUAAAAUGAACUUUAAAGCUCUAAUACAGGGAUUUAUUAUACUAUUUAGCCAGCAGUUAUCGAAUCCAUAAUUUCAAAGAACUUGAAAAGGAUUGGCCUAAAAUAAUGUGAUCUUGAGCUCUGAAAUGGUAUAGAGGCCUGUUCACGCACCAAGUGAAAAAAUUUCAAAAAACAUGCAUGAGAAGAUGAAAUGAUGCAUCCUUAUGAAAUCCUUUACAGAGUCAGAAAUAUAUUAAUGUGAUUAUUAACAUUUAUUUUAUUUAGUUGUUUUUUGUUGUUAAUUUUUGAAUGCCAAAUUAUUUAGUUUGCCAUUUUUCUCAAAACUGUUAUCGAAAAUUGUUUGCAUAUAUAUUACUUUCAUGAUUAGUCUAUUCCGACUUGGCAACCCCUUUAAUUGAUAUUCUGCAGUAUUCAAAAAUUAUAGCUGAGCAUUUACUGUAGUUUACAUGUUGAGAAGUGGCAUAAGCUGGUCUUAUGUUUGCACUCGUUGUAAGCAAAAUACCUUAUAAUUGUCUUAACCGGUCAGCUAACUUGUUUUUAAGUCCUUUUAGUUACAGUUCCUGAGUUGAUGGUUUAGUUUUUCUUUAAUUGUUCUUGCUGAAAUAGUUGUUCUGGCAAAGCAUAUCUUAUUUUUACCAAUUACACAGUUUCUGAUGAUUACCCUUGAAAUCAGCACAAUUUGGUGUCCACUAUUAAAUGCAAGACUAAUUUGUCCCCAUGUUACGCCUAUGUAUUAUUGCUAAAACUGCAGAAGAUAAGUCAUAUGAUGGUUUAAGCUUCAAAUGAUGAUGGUUUGUUUAAUACUUGGUUAAUUAGACUUGAAGAAUUCACAUGUAGUUGCUACUCUUCAUGUUGCAGGUUUGUGAGGUGCCUCCAGCUGGUAUCUGAAACUCAUGACCAAACAGCUGUGCAUUGCUAGUCUCUCUUAGUGUAUUUUGGUGACAUAAAUGUCUGUACUGUAAUUAAUUAUAAAUAACGAAAAAUACCUAUAUGUAGCAACUUGAAUAAACAAUAUAUAUUGUAUAUUUAUGAACUGAUCAGAUUUUGUAUAAAUAUUUAUUUGCAUAGUACAUGCCUCUAGUUUGUUUACAUCAACGAAAGCGACUCUUGUUGGCAUCUUUAUGAAUGACAUCCUGUUUUGGCUUUAAAUCAUUGUAGCUUUUAGAAUCAUAAAUGUAUUGCUUGAUUUUUUUUUUUAUAUACUUUUUACAUUGUUUCUUUUUUCUUUUUACAUUUCAUAUCAAGAUGGUCUGUUAGGGAAAAAAUUCAUAAUAAAGAUCAUGAUAUAAAGUCUCA